CAAUUCGUCAUUCUCUCAUUCUAACUCAUCGUGUGACUUGUUCAUCGUGAACGCGAAGCUGAACGACAAUGCAGAUCUUUGUGAAGACUCUUACCGGUAAAACCAUUACUCUAGAAGUCGAGGCGAGCGACACCAUUGAAAACGUGAAGGCCAAAAUCCAAGACAAGGAAGGAAUCCCGCCCGACCAACAACGUCUCAUCUUCGCUGGCAAACAGCUCGAAGAUGGCCGCACUCUGAGCGACUACAACAUCCAGAAAGAAUCGACACUUCAUUUGGUUCUCCGCUUGCGUGGCGGCAUGCAAAUCUUCGUCAAAACACUCACCGGGAAGACAAUAACGCUCGAGGUCGAGGCCAGCGACACCAUUGAGAAUGUCAAAGCGAAAAUCCAGGACAAAGAGGGAAUCCCUCCCGAUCAACAGCGGCUCAUCUUUGCUGGCAAACAGCUCGAAGACGGCCGCACUCUGAGUGACUACAAUAUUCAGAAGGAAUCUACUCUUCAUUUGGUAUUGCGGCUGAGAGGAGGCAUGCAGAUCUUUGUCAAGACGCUCACUGGCAAGACAAUCACGCUCGAAGUAGAGGCGAGCGAUACCAUCGAAAACGUCAAGGCGAAAAUCCAAGACAAGGAAGGCAUUCCUCCAGAUCAGCAGCGUCUUAUCUUUGCUGGUAAACAACUGGAAGACGGCCGAACUCUCAGCGACUACAACAUUCAGAAGGAAUCUACUCUCCACCUCGUUCUUCGACUGAGAGGAGGCAUGCAAAUCUUCGUCAAGACCCUUACCGGCAAGACCAUUACUCUUGAGGUGGAGGCCAGCGACACCAUUGAAAACGUUAAAGCAAAAAUUCAGGACAAAGAAGGUAUUCCUCCCGACCAACAGCGGCUCAUUUUUGCUGGCAAACAGCUGGAAGAUGGGCGUACGCUCAGUGACUAUAACAUCCAAAAGGAAUCUACUCUUCAUCUGGUUCUGCGUUUGAGGGGAGGAAUGCAGAUCUUUGUCAAGACAUUGACUGGCAAGACUAUUACGUUGGAAGUUGAAGCAAGUGAUACCAUUGAAAACGUGAAGGCGAAGAUCCAAGACAAGGAAGGCAUUCCUCCAGACCAGCAGCGCCUCAUCUUUGCUGGCAAGCAGCUGGAAGAUGGACGAACCCUUAGUGAUUACAACAUUCAGAAAGAAUCCACUCUUCACUUGGUUCUCCGCCUUAGAGGAGGACAGUGAAAGCUAGCAACUUGAAGUUAACACUUGUGUGACUGUAGCUCUGUUGUAGUAGUAGCUAAGUGUGUGAAGUUGGCAAUUGGCAUUUGUUACGUAUCAGUGAAACAUACACGUUUUAUGGUUAA